AUGGUACACUCCCGCAUCAUCCGCGUCAGCCGAGACCUCCAUUUCGCCCCCUCCCUCCCUCCUCACCCCGAUUCACUCGAAUGGGUCGCUCAUGGCAGCCUUUCGAGAGGCUUCGUCGAUCCAUCCCUCCCCGUAGCUCCAAGCAUCGCCGCCGCCCUUGAGACGGCUCUACGGUUCGCCCACCAGCUCAUCCUCCAUCCUGUCGGCCUGCAUCACGCAGCCAUGCUUCUAGGGCACAACAACGCCCCCGAUGCGCUGAUCGCCAAGGCCAUACGUCGAGUACUAUCGACGCGUCGGUGGACGAUCUGUCUGGACAAGGGCAUAGGGGCUGGGAAGGCGCUGCAUUGUAGUCCGACGCGCCUGACUUUGCCGGUCUCGGCCUCAGAAAGCACUCUGUUCUUUGGGCUCGAGUCGGCGCAGAAGCUGAGUAGGGCAUGCGAGUCCGGUCCACCCUUGGACCGCGCGCGCGAACUCCUCCUCGCAGCGGUUGAUCUCUCCGGUGCUUUGGUACACGCCCUUCGCCUCCAGGUCACAUGGGAGCUAAUCCGGGACGGCGACUACUGGGCAAGGGAAAUCUCCCGGGACUUUGAGCGCGCCUUCUUUGGCGGGAUACUUGCGCGGGCAUGGGAUCGCGAGCGAGUACCCAAGACACCCCCCGAUCCAGAUGACGCGGAGCGGAUAUGCGACCCAAGCCGGCGGCCGAUAUUUGACCUCGACAAGCUGUUCCUCGAGGACAAGAGACGGAGGGUACAUGAGAAGAGAGGGAUGGCAGCGGCGAUGGAAAGGCCGAUGGUCCUGCUCUCGAUUCGAACCAGACACGACAGUGCCCAUCAUCGCGUCGAUGAUUUGUGGAUCGAGCAAGUUGUUACAGGCAAGUCUCCCAGCUCGCUGGGUCACGUCGAACGACGAGACCCGAAGCUGACUUUGGUAGCAUACGACAGCGGCAAAUUCGAUCAAGUAUCCUUUCCAGUCGUACAUGGUUCCGAGAGGCUUGAGUACGAGGAGUACUUGACGCAGGACGGCUUCGGGUGGUCCAUAUGCUGCCGGAAGGGGGCACCCGAACGCGGUCCUCCCAGGCCCCCUAGAUAUUCCUCUCUGGAUGCUGUCCAGCCUCCCCCUCCAGCAGUAUAG